AUGGCUCCGGCAAGUAACAGUACCAUGCACAAAGUCCUCAACACGACCGAGCUGUUGGAGUCGAUUUUGCUCCACGCCGACACAAAGACACUGCUCGCGUGUCUUCAAGUCAGUAAGCGACUCAACAAGGUCAUUCGGAAAUCACCAGCUUUGCUUCAGCAUAACUUUCUCGCCCCUAUCACGAAGGCCUCCGAACUGUCCGCGCAGUCGUCCGUCACCAAUGAGUUCGUGAUUGAAAGGAAGAUUCUCGUUUGUGCACAGCGAUGCUGCUGGUUCAAGAUUCAUCGUGCGCACAAUCACGUAGGGAAGAAGACCGAUAGCGAGUACGGAGUAACAUUCUUCCAUAGUUACUGCAGCGAACAGUCAAGGGCCAGACAGAGCUGGCAGGUCAUGCUGCUUGAACAGCCCCCACGCAAGAUUCGCAUCAAGCACAUCUGCAGGACCUGCUUCGGGAAACAGAAUCAUAACAUUGUCAUGAGUGCCGAAGACCGCCUGCGGGACCUCGGUAUCAAGCUCUUUGCGGAACACGGCUCCAUUGUGCAUUCCUAUGAUGAGUGA